AUGAAUUUUAAAAGAGAAAACCAAGAAAAUGAGGGGGGAUAUGAAGACAUUAUAAAAGAUCGCAAAUUGAAGUAUGAGAAGCUGCGGAAAAGAAGUGGCCAGCAUAACAGGUUUAUCUCGCCCAUAGUUAACCUAAUAAAUAGUGUGAUAAACUUCCUGAAAACCCUUUUUAAUAUACUAGCUAUUUUUCUUAAAACCUUAUUUGGCUUGUCCAAUGGCUCGAAUACGCUGGGCGGACGCAACAACGAAGGAGAUGAUGAUUUCUUCAACAAUAAGAAAAAAAUGGGAAAUUUGCAAAAAAGCAGAAUAAUGGAACUGAAAAAUUUGGGCACCUGUUUGGGAAGCACCUGA